AACAAUUAUUUAUGAUACAUUUGGUGAUGUCACCUAUGAUAAGAAUCCAGGCCGACCUAAUUGAUAACUGGAGGUAUCUUUGCCUUGCACAGUGACCAAAAACACUCUUAGAACUAUAAGAACUGUCAUUGGCCUCAAGGGAGUAAGUGGUGAAGCAACAGUUGGGAAGAGAUGGUUAGCUUGGACAGUGUGCUGGUAGCAGCGGGUCUGUUUGUGUUGGGAAUAUACCAUGUUUGGCUAUUCAUCACAGUUCUGCACAAUCCCAUAAGAACUGUCAUUGGCCUCAAUGCUUACACUCGUCAACAAUGGGUCUUCUCCAUGAUGACUGACCCCUUGAAGAAUGGUGUUUUGAUUGUACAAACUUUACGCAACAACAUAAUGGCAUCGACACUUUUGUCCACAGCAGCAAUUACUCUUUGUUCGGUGAUCAGUGUACUUGUGAGCAGCGAAUCCAGCUCCGAUAGCACUGUAUCAGUACACUUGGUUUACUCCGACUACACUCCCUCCUUACCUUCAAUCAAGUACUUGUGCAUUUUGCUUUGCUUUCUUGUUGCAUUUCUCUGCAAUGUGCAGUCUACUAGAUAUUAUGCCCAUGUCAGCUUCUUAGGUACCGUCCCAACAUGGAAAGACAAGACAGGUUUCAUUGAGUAUGUUGCGGCAACUUUGAAUCGAGGAUACUACUUUUGGGCCCUUGGAUUGCGAGCAUUCUACCUCUCGAUUCCUCUCUUUCUCUGGAUCUUCGGGCCAAUACCCAUGUUUGUUAGUUGCUGUGUAUUGUCAAUUGUUCUCUAUUUCUUGGACACUACCUCCAGCUUUGCACAACUUAUUCAUACCCAAUUGUUCAAGGAGGAAUCAAGAACCGCUGAUGUGGAGUCGACCGCUCAAUCAUUGAACAAUUCUGGUCGUGAGAACUUCUCCCAACUUCGUGAUCCUCUACUCACCAGGUCCGGCUAGCUAUAACUCAGUCAAUUAUGCCUCUUAUGGUGCUGGAUAUAUGGUCUGCAAUGCUGGUUGCAAUGGUUGCAGCGGCAGGACAUGAAGAGGAGAAGUGUUUCGCUAUCAUCUAUGCUUGACACUUACAUGUGUUACCUUCUUCUCCAAAAUGUAACAAUUUAUUCACUCAGGGUGUCAUGAUCGAUGGCAUGCUACUUGUUGAUAUGAAUGACUUCUUUCUUUUACACAGAUUCAGCAUGUGCCAUAGCUUAAAUUUCAGAAGCCGAAACCAUUUUAUUAUGUUGAUUUCAUGAAUAGAACAAGUGCAUUAUGCAUGCGGCUCAUGCCUUAAGGGGUUUAACCACAAGGGAGGAGCUACUUCUGGGCUCCAUGAGGACCAUGACCAUAUAGGCGGGGAAGAUUUUGGACAAAAGGACUUGAAGAAGUGAGAUAAAAGAAACAGUAAAAUCUCGUCUGGUUUCCGAAUUGGAGGAUUUGGAGUGGAAAAGAAUACCCAUCUUAUGAUUGGUAAGUGCAAGCUUAGAAAAACAAAUGCAUUGUAUGCUUUAUUUCAUGAAAGAUCAAUCUGAAUGAUGGAAUUAGGUUGACAAGCACAAACUGAUCGAAAUCUUCUCGAGUGUUUUUAAAUAUAUAUACAAUCAAUUAAGUCAUAUUUGGAA